AACGACUUCAACGGCGGUCAAAGCCUGGGCGGUGAAAUGUGCAUAAUUCCAGAUACAAGGUAAUUUACGUUGGAAAUUAUUGGCACAACAAAAGUCCAAAGAAACAACGUAGGUGUUUCCCGCGUUGUUUCUAUGGCUUUUGCAACGUUCCACAUUCCGCUAUUUAGAAUUAAUGAAUUUUGCCUUCAAUUUUGCUUUCACAUCUCAAAUGCCUCUUUCUCGCAAACCGCUUUCUCCUUCGCCGCCGUCCACCGGAACCAUGCAAUUCCACGGCGACGGAAGAGCCGGUGAUUUUGUUCCGGCGCGGCGGUUGACCAGGCAGAGGAAGCUCCGCUACCUCAGCGACCUAGACAUUGGCUUCUCUGCUGAGUUUUCUUCUUUUGCGGCUUCGCCGGAGUGUCGCUCCCACGGCUUUUCCGGCCACCGCUCCUUCUCUGCUGCGCCGCAACUGCUGCUGCCUCCCAUGUCGCCGUUGACCAGUCGAGCCAAGUCAAUCAACUCCACUUCCGUACAUCCUAGCCUCUCAUCAUCGUUAGAACAUCACCACAUUGCUUCUUCUGUUUCCAGGAACGCAGUGCAUCAUGAUGCAGUGACCCCUACAAGUUCUACACGCAAUUUAAAUAGAUCUUCCUUGGAUUCUACUCUUGCAAAUUCAAAAUGCAAUUUGAGAGAGCAUAUUGCUGCAGCAAAUUUCUUGACAGGAUCCACCAAAAGUGAGAUAAAAUCUAUAGAAAGGGUGCACCAUUAUAGAUGCUCUUAUGUUGCUGUUGUUAAUUCUGGCAAUAUUUCAUGGAAAACCACCAGACAAGUCUCUCACGAUGAAGGUAUUUCCCACUUGAAUUUGGGUGUUGCUGCCAUACCCAAGAGUGCACCAACAAGUGUAGUCACUUGUCCUAAUACUAGUCCAUGUAAAUCAAGCAAUGUAGAUUUCUCUGAAGUUAGUGACAAUUUGAAAAUGUUAUCAGCUAAAACUGUUCAUAAUCCAGACCAUUCUCCUCUUAAUUGCCCUAUGAGUCUCACUUGUUACUUCAAUCCUAAAAUUGAGGAGGAAGCUCAGCACCAUAAAUCUUUGUCCAGGGUGUGCCCAGAAAAUAACCUGGUUGAUGCACACCCCUUACCUCUUCCUCCUAGAGUUUCGUCAUCAGCACCGUUAUCUAUGGCUAUGUUGCAUCAAUCAAGUUCCAUGCAUCAUGCUACUGAAAAUCUGCCUUCAGUGAAAGGUCAAUGGCAGAAAAGAAAACUUAUUGGACGUGGUACCUUUGGAAGUGUUUUUCAUGCAACCAACCUAGAAACUGGAGGGUCGUGUGCAAUGAAGGAGGUCAAUUUAAUUCCUGAUGAUCCUUCUUCUGCUGAGUGCAUAAAACAACUGGAGCAGGAAAUCAAAAUUCUCCGUCAACUACACCACCCCAACAUUGUGCAGUAUUAUGGAAGUGAAACAGUUGGCGAUCAUUUGUACAUAUAUAUGGAGUAUGUCCAUCCAGGGUCAAUCAGUAAAUUUAUGCGUGAACAUUGUGGAGCUAUGACAGAAUCUGUGGUUCGCAACUUUACGAGGCAUAUUCUCUCUGGAUUAGCUUACUUACAUAGUAACAAAACCAUCCACAGAGAUAUCAAAGGUGCAAACUUGCUGGUCAAUAAAUCAGGCAUUGUCAAGCUUGCAGAUUUUGGGCUGGCAAAAAUUCUAAUGGGGAAUUCAUAUGAUCUUUCUCUAAAGGGUAGUCCUUAUUGGAUGGCUCCAGAGGUGGUGAAAGGUGGCAUAAAGAAUGAAUCUAAUCCUGAUGUUGUCAAGGCCAUUGAUAUAUGGAGCUUAGGGUGCACGAUUAUAGAAAUGUUGACAGGAAAACCUCCUUGGAGUGAAGUUGAAGGGCCUUCAGCCAUGUUCAAGGUACUGCAAAAUUCCCCACCUAUACCUGAAACUUUAUCUUCAGUGGGAAAGGAUUUCCUCCAGCAAUGUUUCCAAAGGGACCCUGCUGAUCGACCAUCUGCAGCAACUCUUCUUAAGCAUGCUUUUGUGCAGAAUUUGCAUGAUCAAGAUAUUCUAGUUCAUCCAAAAUCAUAUCCUAGAGGAAACCUAGGACCAGAAGGUAAUUCAGCUGGUGAUAGAGACACAACAAAAAAUAGAUGUCGCAUGAUGCAAGCCUCCAUUAGCGCACAGAUUUUUAACAAAAUUCAGAAAUUAAUCGGCGAUACUUCCGAACAAAGCAAUGCCAAUGUUAAGGAAUCUCAUAAUGUUAUACCUUGUCGUUAAUUCAUCACUUCUCUUCCAGAAGUGAUUAAUGGAUUUGUUUGAGUAAAUUUUUCCAAAAACAUUUCUAAAAGAGGAAAAAUAUAUAUGAAACAAAAAUGAAAUAAGCUUCUUCAUGAGUUAAAAUUGGUAUAUAUAUAAAGCUAAUUUGUAGAAACUUUUUCCUAUUAACUUUUUUAAAAUCUUACUUUUAACUUGUGAAUAAAUUAGUUUUAACUUAUGAAGAAAUUUAUUUUUUAUUUUUUCUCUUUUAAAAAUAUUUAUGGAAAACUUCAUCGAAACAGACCGAUAUUUUCUGAUGUUCAUUAACACUUGGUACCCUCAAUUACAUGUCUGUUGCAAAGUCCAGAAAUAUUUCCACCUUCGCGAGAACGAUCAUAAAGUUUUGAAGCAUGUCAUCACGCUUAGAAGUUGGAAGAAUCAAGAUUGAGAGGUAAAAGAAAUCAUAAAAUUUUUAUUGGUUUAUUGUAACUAUAAUUAUUUUUCUUUUGUACACGAUGGUAAUGAGGCUCUGUCGUCACUUGUUCUCAGGCAAGAAAUUCACGUGUAAAUGUACAUAAUAUAUUGUAUAAUUUUGG